CCGGCACGACCAACUUCCAAGACGCCCUCACUUCUUCACCUCCAGGUUGUGUUCAACGAGCUUCCUGCAACUCCCACGAACCUGCCCCUCUCCGCCAUCCGCUCCCACCACGACAGCCUCGCUCCUCCUCCGCGCGGCCCCCUUGCCCGCCCUCCCUCCUCCGCGUCGCCCUCUCGCCAUGCGCUUGGCGCUACUACGCUGCUAGUUGGACAACCUCCUGAACUGGUCGAAUCAUGGGUCCCAAAGCUGCGCAGUACAUCAGCCAGCUCGACCAUGCCCGCUGCGACGGGAACUGGGAUGCCGUCCCGGAGCUGGUCCGCAAAGUCCGCAAGCAUGCUCCAGAGAGGUCUUGCCUUGCCUUGACGGCCGAGACCGAAUGCGCCAUUACAAAGACGACGAAUGCUGCCUCUGCUGGCUCCGACGGUCGACCCCAAACCGCCAUCAUCACCCCUGACGUCGACGUUGCCAGCCAGCUCCCUAAGCUUCUCCAGGCCAUUGACGACGAAAUAUCUCACCCAGACGACAGAUUCCAGGCCCAGGUGUGCGUCGGCUGGCUGCAUUGGGUCUUGGGAGAAUACGAUCUUUGCGCUGCCCACCUGCCAGACAUCCCCCAGGUGGAAGAUGGCCAAAUCAACCCCGCUGACAAGAGCGCAGAAUGGUCCUCCGUCUGCGCCCUCAAAGCAGCUUACCUCAAGGCUAACUGCCUUGCGCGCGGCAGUGAGUUGAAGCAGGCCCUCGCCGCCUUCCGUUCCGGUCUGCCAUCCCUCGGACGUAUCUGGGCAGACCAGGGCAUUGGCAGGCAGCUGCGGUAUUGGGCGGAGCUAUUCUUGACCGAGUUUUGCAUGCUUUCAAGCCAAGCGCUCCAGGAGAAUGAGACCUCCCUGGCCGAAUCCGAAUCGCUCGCCUGUUACCGCUCCUGGGCCAAAUUCUGGGAUGUCAUUGGGGCACCCGUCACCGGUGGUUUUGGAUUCAAGGGCUCUGUCCCAAGGCGGAGGAUAUGGAACGAGUACUACCUAGCCCUCUCGCAAGUCCUCGAGUUCGACCUGUCGUUCCCUACCGGGUUUGUGAGCAACCCUGGCGGGGAGCUGUCCACACGCGGCCAGUUGAGGGUGGAGCUCAAGCAUGUCGAGACAGCCUACCAAGCUCUCCUCCUCAGCGAGACCAGCUUUCCCAGAGCCGAGGAUGAGCGCCAAGAGGUCGAGGAGUUCGUCCACCAGGUGGUCAAGAACUGGUCCAUUCUUUGCGGACGAGGUUGGAAGGAGCAGGAUAUCGGCCAGGGGGGACGAAAUAACAUGAGCCGUGCCGUCCUUGACACCCUCUACAGCGCGGCGACUAAGACGUACCACUCCACUGCAAUCCUCCGAAAUCUCUUCAUUGUUCACCUCUCAGUGGCCGAAUUUGAUCUUGCUUUCAAAUCAUUCGAUUCCUACCUCGAAAUUGUCAAGAAGGGCAAGGCACGUGUUGACAAGACCGGCCACCUGGAGCCGAGCCUCGAUGACGACGCUACUGUCCUUGAGACGAUUUCGCAAUGCAUCAUUGCCCUUUGCCGAUACGGACAGAGAUCUGCCGCAGAGAAGGCACGUCAACUCGGCGCGGAGCUGGAAGACUGGCUGGCCAAGCUGCCACCAUCCAACUCCCAGGAUACACCGAUGAUAGUGGAAGGAUCAAGCGUGAUACACCCACCGGUGCCUCCUCAUAUCGUUUCCCAGGCCUGGCAGGCCAUUGGAUUGUCACAUGCCCAUUGGUCAAGGGUGACAUACGAAGCUGCCUCACGAACCGAGAUCCAAACCAAGGCCAUCCGGUGUCUCCGCAGGUCUCUGGCGCCGGAGUUUGGUCGCUCGAAAGAUACCCGGAGUUUCUUUGCACUCGGCUUGUUGUUGGCCGAGCGAAGAGAGCUGACUGCUGCAAUCGAAGUGGUGAAAUCGGCCUUGACCGUAGCUAAAGACCAAGGUGAGCAUUAUGACUUGCUCCACGGUCCCUAUUGGCAAGAGCGCUCCCUUAUCCCUGUGUGGCAUCUUCUUGCACUCCUUUUGAGUGCGAGACAGGACUAUGCCAUGGCGGCGAGGGCCUGUGAAGGCGCACUGGAGCAGUUUAAGAGCCCCUCUGUUCUGUUUGGAAAGACAGACCAGUCCUUCAGGAGCGAGCAUCUGAAGGAGGCCGAAGCCAACACCACGGCACCGGAGACCCGAGGUUUGGUGGAUGAUAUGGAUGACGCAGAGAAGGAGAGCAUCCUUGAGGUCAAGAUGACGCAGCUUGCCUUGGUUGAGCUGCUUGAAGGCCCCGACGUUGCAGUCAACGCUAGUUUUGAGCUGCUAACUCUAUUUUCGAGGCUGUUCGGCAACGUUACAGCGCAGCCGUCGUUGCACCCGCCAAAGGCAUUGGAGCCUCCUAAGACGUCUGGCACCCUCAGAAGUAUCAAGGGGAGCAUCUUUGGACACAACGACAGAUCGAGACCGCCGACGAGACAGGUCUACACCUCCAUGUCGAAUGAUAGGUCAACGAUCAUGCCGUCCCGACCAGCAACUGCAACCACGGUCAGGAGCUCUGCGCCAACGAUUCAGGUCACUGGAGAGAACGGAUCCACGGCUGAGAUUUCGCGACCGAGGACGUCGGCUUCGUCUAUCCACCGAACCAGGCCAGGGCGAAGCAACAGCCUCAAGAAGCGAGAUAGAAGCAAAAGCCGGACGAGGGCAACUAGCAUUGGAUCUGUCUCGAACAACCCCACGGUUCUCGACGGAGAAGUCUUCUUCCCUGUGGGCGGCGAUGAGCCCGAACAGACAGAUUUCUUCACCUUUUCGAGUAAACGACAGUCAUCGUCAAGAGCCUCCUCUUUCUCCCGAUCUCGACCGGUGUCGCACCUCUCUCAUCUCUUCAACCAUUCCAAGUCAACAGGCAUCUCCGAGAUGUCUGCGAGUGAUGGCUUGAACGCCUCCACCAACCUACUACCCCUAAUCCAAUUCCCCAAGGAUAAGGAGAGGGCCCAGAGAAUGGCCAAUCUCGUCAGAGUCUGGUUGAUGAUCGCCGGCUUCUAUCGCCGGGCUGGCAUGAACGAGGACUGCAAGGGGGCCAUUACCGAGGCGCAGCGACUAGUUCAGAGCCUCGAGUCUGACUCGGCUAGAGACCCGUCCGGUUCCGGAAGCCUGAAGGCUCUGGGCUGGGCUGAGCGGAAGAGCGUGGAGGACCUGUGGAGUGACCUGUGGUCCGAGCUAGGAGAGUUGGCUCUCGCCAAAGAGGCACCGUACGCGGCCCGUUCAGACUUCGAGACAGCCCUGACGCAUGCUCCUAACCAUCCCUCUGCCAUUAUCGGCCUCUCAAAUAUCCUGCUGGACGUCUACAGCGAGAAGAUGCUGCCACCGCCCGCAAUUCCGCCCCUAGAGGAAAUCAUCCCCCUGUCGACGGCGAACAACCGAGGGUCCAGCCCCCACGGCGUCUCGGCCCUCCCCUCCACCCCUCUGGGUCUCGGCUCAUCAACCCCUGAGCCCGCCGCCUCCAUCAACAACCGCACCACCUCGGCGCUGCAGGACGACGGACUCCCUGACGCCUACAAGGCCACCCGCCUGCCGCUCGUCGACCGCCUCGCCGCCCGCGACCGCGCCUACGCCCUCCUCUCCACCCUCACCAAGCUCGGCUCCAGCUGGAACAACUCCGAGGCCUGGUUCGCCCUCGCCCGCGCCCACGAGGAGAGCGGCCAGCCGGACAAGGCCAAGGAGGUGCUGUGGUGGUGCGUCGAGCUCGAAGAAGGCACUGGCGUACGCGACUGGCGCUGCCUGAGCGGUGGCGGCUACAUCAUCUAGGCGAAGCAAGCGAUGUUUAUUGUGUGAGUUUGUCGUACUCUGCUUGGUUAGUAGCGAUGGGGGGAGAAAUAGAAGAAUAGGUAAUUCUCGGCGGUGGGACAUUUGACAUGUUGUAAUAAACUCUCCCUUGGCUUUUUUUAUUCUUCUUUUUCCGUCGAUGACAUAGUUGUGGUGUUGUGCUGGAGAUGUUUCGAUACCUUGAUUGAGCCGACACGCGUGGUUAAAAUGUGGCUUGCAAGAAUAUUAUACCGCCGAGUAAUUCGACAUGUGUUGUGUUAAGACAGCGUGUUCCUGGUGUUUCGGCGGGUUCUUAUAUAUACUUACUAACUCCAAUAAUUUAACAUAAUACCG